AUGGUGAGUGAGGUAAUGAGGUCGUCGAGAAUAUCAUCAUGCUUGGAUGAGCAAAAUAAAGAAAAUUUUGUUAGAUUAUGGGAAUCUACUUCAAGUUGGAAUCCGCCUUCGAGGAAAAUAACAUGGAGAACGGGAAGACCAAGGAUGUUGCCGGUGGGGUUGCCCUCUAGAAACACAAAACUCGUCCGCGUUCUAACAGAACGUCCCAUCAACCUUGCUAAUCACAGUUCUCAUCUAUUGAAUGAAGUAUUGAAAGAGACUACGAAGUUCGACAGUAAUUCAAUUUCCAGUGCGACUGACCCAAUCAUCAGAGAUAACGUGCAUGAAUUCAAUGCAGAACUAGAAAAGGAUAACGAUAUCUUGAACUACGGCAAGACUAGAAAUCUAAGCAGUAAUAAUACUAAUAACCGUUUUAGUUUCAUAUCGUCCACAUCCACAGAAUUCGACCCACUGGAUAGUUUUCAUAACACCGCCUUAAUCAAUGACAUGGAUAUGAAGAUUAAGUGUCUGGAAUUACAAGUUAAUGAACUUAAAUUACAAAACGAGCGUCUUAUAAAUACAAUGAACGAAAAUCAACUCAUAAGGAAGAUUAACGAAUUGGAAACGCAAUUCAACGAUUUGAAACAAGCCCGUCACGACCAUCAUCACCACCACCACCACCAACCUAAAAACAGAAUAUUGAGAAUAUCUACGAAGGAGUUGAAAAAAAUUGAAGAACACAGUACGGAGUCAUCAUACUCUUCUUCUGAUUCUUCUUCUGAUUCGUCCUGUUCUGAUUCCGAUGUGGAAACAACUCCUGAGAAUUUGCCCAAUAUGAGGAAAACUGGAUUUCAACUCCAUCUCCCAGUCCUAUGA